CUGGCUCAUGCCUAGCUACAGAACUGUGGGUCACAGAAGCAGGGCUGCAUUAUUAUAUAGCUCAGUGUCCAACACCUCGUAUGGCGCUCUGCUGAGAAUGUGGGAUCUGCGAUGGGAAUAGAAGAUACAUUCUCUUCUACAACUUCAUCAGAAUGCUCAUGAGCAGCGGAAGAUGAGGAGGAUUAAACUUCAGUUGUGUCAAUUUCUUUUUUUCCUCUUUUCCGUUUUAAAUACAGUUUCCUGCACACUGAGUCGACUUCCUCACGGUUUCUCAUUGAGUUGAGCAUUCUGAGUAUUACAGGAUUGUUUGCCUACAGCAGAACAAGAGCAUUAAUAUUGCAGCAGACAGAAACGCAAAAGGAAGGAGGAACCGCACUGGGAACUAUUUCACCGGAUGCUACUGUGGCAAAAAUCAUAGGCUAAUUCAGUAACUUUCUCUAUUACCAAUUUUGAUGGCUACCUCUUCAGAAAUCGCCACAACUGUGAAUACAACAAACUAUCUAAGCACGACAAACCAUCAGAGUAACCCUUGCGUCACUAUCUCAUACAGAUUCAUAGUAUUUAUUAUUAUUGCUUAUACAGUAAUAUGUAUAACCGGAUUCAUUCUCAACAGCCUAGCAUUUUGGGUGUACUUCUGUCACAUCCCCAGCAGCAAUUCCAUUAUAGUCUAUUUAAAGAAUCUGGUCAUAGCCGAUUCCCUCCUGGUCCUUUCGCUUCCAAUAAAAAUCCUCAAAGAUAGUGAAUCCAUUCCCACUAGAAACCUGAACAACAUUUACUGCAAUUUUGUGGCAUGCAUCUUCUAUUUGAACAUAUAUUCCAGUAUUUGUUUUCUUGGAUAUAUUGCAGCAAUCAGGUACCUAAAAAUCGUCAGGCCACUCAAAGUACAUGCAUUUCAAAAUCUGAAGACUGCUAAACGCCUUUCCUUGGGAACGUGGGGUGUUCUCAUCUUCGUCGGAAUCCUUUUCGUGCUUCUGGUAAAUAAGGAAAAGCAAUCAAUGCCAGCGAACUCUCACAUCUGCAUAAAAGCUGGUCAGGAACAGGAAACUAUAUACGCAUCUUCUCACAUUGCUGCCCUGAUCACGUUUGUGUGUGUGUUAGUUGGACUGUGUUUCUUCUACGUUCAAAUUUCACGGCAACUCCACCGACCCCCUUCUACACAGUCACUGAUCAAGCAGACCAAGGCAAAGAACAACAUUCUCAUUUUGCUCGCGGUGUUUAUGGUCUGCUUUGUGCCCUACCACAUUGUCAGACUUCCGUACAUUUUGAGUCAGACCAACUUUAUUAAAGACUGCUACUGGAAGACGAUUUUGUACUACGCUAAGGAAUCUUCCCUCUUGCUGUCAACACUUAACUCGUGCUUUGAUCCAGUGAUCUACUUUCUGUUUUGCAAAGCUUUCAGAUCAAAGCUGGGCCUGGAUAAAAAGGCAGAGGAGUUAGAGCUCAAUGAAGUUUCAGGCCCUGCUAACAAUUCAAAUAUUGCACUCGAUCACUCCCCUCAUUGUCAUGUCAACAGUAGGAGGACCAAAGUUUAAUUCUAUCCUAAAGAUCACAAAUUCUUCCUGACAGAAUGCAACACACUGGGCCCAUCAACACCAUUUCCUCAAAAAAAAACACAUACAAGUGGAUUAAUCAUGAAACCAAACCCAACUUUGAGUUACAGAAGUUCACAACACAGAAUAAGGUCCUUCGGCCCACUGACUUUAUAACUUAGAAAUAAGAUGAGGUCCUUUAGCCCUGGGAGGCUUUUUCAUCAUUCAUUACUGAUCUGCGACCUAACUUCAUUUUUGAAAAACCUAAAUCCUUGAGCUAAAAAAAUGUCUCGCAUUUUCAAACUUGAAAUGUAAAAAACACAAUUGACUGCUGAAUGGCAUUACUCAAUCUUCGUACGCUGUCAUCAAACCACGGUUUAAACUUGCAAACAAAUAAUCAACAGAAGGUUUAGGACAUAAGCCCAGCUGAGGGAGUAAAAAACCACAACUCAAUGUCUUUAAAAAGCUGAAUAAAAAGCAAUUUAAAUUCACUAUAAAUACAUUAAAGGGGAAGUAGUUAACCAGAGAAUGAUUAGGGCCCAUUAGGGACCAAGGGGGAAUCCUGUGUGUGAAGCCGCAGUAUAUUGGAAGGGUCUUGAAUGAAUACUUCUCUUUGGGAAAGGAGAUUGUAGGUAUGGAAUUCAGGAAAAAGGGCUGCGAGAAACUUGCACAGUUCAACAUCGGAAAUGGGUGGGGUUGGUAUUGGAGGAUCUGUCAGGCUUAAAAACAAAGCCCUUGGCCUGCAUGAACUGCAUCCCAGGCUGCUGUGGGAGGCAAGGCAGGAAACUGCAGCGGCUCUGAAACAAAUUUUUAAUUUCUCUCUGACCACAGGGGGAAGGUGUCAGAGGACCAGAGGACAACUAAUGUGGCAAGAAGGGUGGUAGAGAUGAACUAGGAAAUUAAGACCAGUAACUCUCACAUCAGUCGUAGGGAAACUACUGGAGAAAAUUCUGCAUGACCAAAUUAAUAUCCACUUGGAAAAGCACGGGCUAAUUAGGGAUAGUCAGCAUGGCUUUGUUAGAAGGAGGUCACGCCUAGCAAAGUUGUUAGAAUUUUUUUCUUUAAAUGUGAUCCAGUGUGUGGAUGAGGAGAGAUCAGUUGAUGUAGUUUAUGUGGAUUUUAGCAAAGCUUUUGACAAGGUCCCAUGUUGGAGACUGAUUGAGAAAGUUAAAGCACAUAAAUUGAGGGAAACCUAGAGACUGGCUUAGUAAUAGGACACAAAGGGAAUGACUGGAGGACAGUAUCCAAUGGUGUCCCACAAGGAUCAGUACUGAAACCUUUAUUGUUUGUUAUAUACAUAAAUGAUAUAGAUGAAAAUGUGGGGGGGAAUGAUGACCAAAUUUACAGAUGACACCAAGAUUGGUAUCAUAGAACCACAGAAUCUCUACAGUAUGGAAACAGCCAUUCAGCCCAUCUAGUCCAUACCAACCGUCCAAAGGGCAUCUAGCACAUUGAAACAUAGAAAGCAGGAACAGGAGUUGGCCAUUCAGCCCUUUGAACCUGCUUUGCUAUUCAAUAUAAUCAUGGCUGAACCAGAUUUCGCCCAUACCCUUUGACUCAUUAUCCCACUUACUAUAAUCAAGCUCCUUUUUGAGAAUAUUCCAUGUUUCAGCCCCAACUGCUUUCUGUGGCAGCAAAUUCCACAGGCUCACUACUCUGAGUGAAGACAUUUAACUUCAUCUCAGUCCUAAAUGGCCUACCCUGUAUCCUUAGGUUAUGACCCUGGUUCUGAAAGUGGAACUAUUUUGCAACAUUAAGUCCGUAAAUCCAUUCCUCUUGCCAGCAAAAUGAUUCCAGUGUUACACAAUUGCAGAAAUUCUUCCAAAAAAAAAAAUUAAAAAUCGAUGCAACAAUACCCAUCACAUCCAAAAUUAAACGGGUCAACAAAAAAUUAAUUUCCCCUGACAUUUUGCCUCAUUUGUGGUUCGCUGGUUUUAAGUUGAAAUAAUUCUUCAAACUCAUAAUAGCCUAUAAAUAAAAUUUCAUAUUUUACAAUUUAAAAUUUUCACUCUUUUGAUGUGAAUUUCCUUCGUUUGACACACUGAUAAAUGGAAAUAAGAUAUUUAGUCCAUUGGAACAACUGGUUAAAUAAAGUGUUAUCCAUGUUUGUAAUUUAA